AUGGUCCUCAUCGAGGGUACCAAUGGCCGCGACGUCGGCCACACCACCAAUAAGAAAAUCAGUGGUGGAGCCUUCCAGACCAUGGGGCUGUCGGACCCGCUAUUCAAGGCUAUCCAAAAGAUGGGAUACAAUCAGCCGACGCCAAUACAAAGGAAGGCAAUACCUGUCAUACUAGGAGGCAGCGAUGUGGUGGCGAUGGCAAGGACUGGGAGCGGCAAGACUGCAGCUUUUGUUAUACCAAUGAUACAAACCCUAAAGGGCCAUAGCGAGGUAGUAGGAGCGAGAGCUGUGAUCUUAUCACCGACACGCGAGCUGGCCAUGCAGACCAUCAAAGUUACAAGAAUGCUUGGGAAGUUUACUGACCUCCGUCUAUGCCUUAUCGUUGGUGGUCACAGCAUGGAGUCACAAUUCGACAGACUUUCGAGUAAUCCUGAUGUGCUUAUCUGCACUCCCGGACGCUUGGUCCAUCACAUGGUGGAAGCGGACUUAUCCCUGCAGCGUGUGCAGUACAUUGUCUUCGAUGAGGCCGAUAGGCUCUUCGAAAUGGGAUUCUCUGAUGACAUGCAGACUAUCCUCAAAGCCACACCUCCUUCCCGUCAGUGUCUCCUCUUCUCGGCUACACUGCCUAGCCAGCUCACACAGUUUAGUAGGGCAGGUCUGCGAUCAGACUCCACUGAAUUCAUCCGUCUUGACGUGGAGCAUACAAUAUCCGACACAUUAGAUCUGUGGUUCCUCUAUACAACUGCGGACUCUAAACCGGCAGCGCUGAUAUCGUUAUUACGCAAGCUUCAGUCGAUGGGGAACGCGAAUGCAGACAGCUCGACGGCCGUUGUAGCAGCUGGCAAAGGCGGAAAGAAGGCCUGGUCUCCGAAGACUAUAGUGUUCGUCGCGACCCGUCACAAUGUAGAGUUCUUCGCAUCAUUGCUCACACAAGUUGGCAUCACCAACGCUCCUAUCUACGGGUCCAUGGACCAGACUCAGAGGACAUCUAGCCUCUCCAAGUUCCGCUCGGGAAAGGCCUCGGUAUUGUUGGUGACUGAUGUGGCCGCUAGAGGCAUUGAUAUCCCCCAGUUGGACUACGUUAUCAACUACGACUUCCCAUCAAGCUCCAAGCUCUUUGUGCACAGAUGCGGAAGAACUGCCCGAGCUGGUGCCAAGGGCUNNNNAGGUCCGAGGCUCGAUUCCCGGUCGAUGAUGAGUGCUUAUCACUUGUACUAUAAGACCCGUCCAGCAGCAUCGAACCAGAGUGUAAGGCGGGCGAAGCUGAUACUCAGAGCUGAGGCGGGAGGACCUCAGAGGCUCUUGGAUACGCCACACCCAGCUUUCAGAACAGCGGCUGACCUUGGUUCCCAGAGUGUUGAGGAUGUUAAGGAAAAGCUCGACAUGAUAGCGCAGCUUAGGUCGUUCCGUCCUUCCCAGCAGCCCAAGAUGGCUGGGAGUACGACUGUUAUCAAACCGGAAACGAUGGCUGAGAUCUCCCAGCAUGUGGUAGCACCGAGACAGUUGCGGCAUGAUCUCAAGAAGAUGUCGCGAGCGAAGCAACAGGUGGAGCAUCAGGAAGGAGGAGAGAGUGACGAUAGUGAAGCGGAGGAACUCGAGAACGUUGAAGUUGCGCAAGCUGGUGAGAAGAGGUCAUUGCCUAUCCCCCAACAAGCUGAUAGACAGACCCACAGGCUCAGUAAGAGAGCUAGGAAGAAGCUCGAGAAGGGCGGUGGUCUGCCGCAGCCCGGGGAAGAGGUCGACGGGAGGAAGAAGUCCUCUUAUCACUUGGAGGAGGGUGUGAGUGUAUUCAACCAGACGACGUGUCGAUCUAAUGAGUUCUAUCUUGGCUCCGUUGAUGCCGACCCAGAGUCUAUUGAGGCUGAGGAGAGGGAGAAGCAGUUGGAUAUUGAGAAGGCCCAGUUGGACUUGGUACCUGAUGAUCGAGAGUCAAUGACUAAGGCGAAGAGCGUUAUGCGAUGGGACGCAAAGAAGAAGAAGUAUCUUCCAGUGAUGGUCGCUGGUGAUGGUGGAGCUCCGAUUGCAUCUAGGAAGCGACGUAAUGAGGCUGGCAAGUUGGUGAGCGGCGAGAUGGAGAAGAGCGACAUAUACUCUAAAUGGUUGAAGUCGAGUCACAAGAGGAUACAAAAAGUUGGAGAGCUUGAGGAUAAGCAGAAUACAGCGUUCACGGCGCCGAAGAAGGCGAUCACCAUUGAGAGUGACCACGAGGAUGGUGGAGAGGAUCGGGCAGGCUCAGCUGGGGGAGCGAGGAUGGUGAAGGAGUUCCACGGCGAAGUCCAGAAAGAGUUUCUCACGAAUAAGCAGAAACGGCAUCUCGCGAAGCAAGAUAGAGUGAUGAAUCGGGUUGGCGUGACGUCGAGAGGCGACAACGCUAAGGAUGAGCUCCUGCGUGCCAGCCAGAUCGCUAAGAAUCGGAAGAAGAAGACCAUGACGAAGAUUAUGCAGGACCCCAAGAGGAGAAAGGCUUUCGCAACUAAGAGCAAGGCUGCCUUCCGAGCGAAACAGGCUGAGAAAUUCGCCCAGCGUGGUGCACCGAGGAGAUCCUUCGCCGUUGGUGGCAACAGUGGAGGGAAAGGGCGGGGACGUCGAUGAUCAUGAUGAUAUAGGGCGAUCGUGCUACUAGCCUACCACUGCACAACGUUGAUUACCUAACUGUACACUGCGGC